ACCUAAUAAUCUACCUCGGUAACUUCAUGGAGUCCGAAGAUUCUGCAAGCUCCAUACGAGGCUUGGGGCCUAACCAUGACGAAAACGCAUCGACUCCGCAUAAAUUGCGGAAGAAGUCUACCCACCGGUUGCGCAUUGAAUUUAUAAAUGGCAAGCAUCUGGAAGUAGAGUACAAUUUCGAACGCACCGGGAUAGAUGAAGAGCGGAUUCGCAUCAACGUAAACACUUUGUUGCCGGUGUUUGGUAGAUUGUUAACUCCAGGCACGGAAACCUUCGUGGACGUGGAGAAGCUCGUCAGUUUCGUGGAGACGUACGUUCAUUUGAACAAAUGUAACGACCAACGAUACGCCUCCUGUCCCUGCCAUUUGGAUGUCGACCCUGAGACCGCUGCAAAGUUUGAACCGUCUCCAGACAACGCAUGUGCAGCCGGCCACUUCCAUCACUUCUGCUUUCAGCAUGUGAAUUACUGGUUGUCGGGCGUCUUGGAGCCUUCGAUCAAGCUUUUGGGUAAAGGCGGGUCACACAUUAGAAAUCGCAUCUCAAGCUUGAAUGUUAUUUUGGGAGCUGCAAUUUACUUCCGAGAUGGGGAACAGAUGUUCCGGGCGAGCCGCUCACACCCACGCGUCCGAGAAAUGUCACAGUGAUUUACAGCACUGAUUGUGAAUAUGUUUGUGCCAGUGGUCGUCAUGACAUUGUUCACAGUAGAAAUAUCUUCAAGUUUAGUGUUAAAGCAGUUUAUAUAAUUAUAUAUUGUUACACCUGGCCUCGCAAGCUGAACAAAUGGCAAAUUAAUUCGAAUAAAUGGAUACAUUAAUAUUUUCACUUCAUUCACUUUGCGCAAUAAAGCAAUUCUGAACCAAUAUGUUUCCUAUUAUAGUACAAGUUAGGCUGUCACGAAGUCGUCAAUUACAACACAGCAGGUGUAUGAGCUUUUCAGUAAAAUAAAUUAAUCGUUCGAUUUUUUUCGUUAAAAUCGAACCAUUAACUUUGACUGUCCGCCAUUUUGUGGAAAAUGGAUAUUUUUU